UCUCCGCCUUUGUCCUAAUCCACACCAGCAGGUGGAGCCGCAGUUAAAGUUUCCGAGUCCAUUCCGGGAGCGGGAGCCCAUCUUGCUCGCCGCCGAGGACCUCACUGGAGGAGGAGGGUCAGAGCUCGGGUGCAGCCAAUCGCGGGCAACGCUGCUAGUUAUCAGAGCAGAAUGGGCUGUAGUUUAGUGAAAUAGGAAAGCUGCAAAAACACUGUGGAGUGUUCCCGUGUAAAUAAAAAGAGGGGAAGGAAAAAAAAAAAGUUUCUCAAGUCGCCGCUGCACGACGUCGGGCCGUCGCCGGGGCGGGGGUCUUGCGCUUUCCCGAGCGGCCGCGCGCUGGACUUUAUUGUGCCGCAACAAGCCCUCGCUCCCAUUGUUUGUGUGGGGCUUUUUUUUGUUUUCGUUUUUUUUUUUUUUUUUUUCAAAAUAUGGCAAAGGUUCAGGUGAACAAUGUAGUGGUGCUGGAUAACCCUUCUCCUUUCUACAACCCGUUCCAGUUCGAGAUCACCUUCGAGUGCAUCGAGGACCUGUCUGAAGACUUGGAAUGGAAAAUUAUCUAUGUGGGCUCUGCAGAAAGUGAAGAAUACGAUCAAGUUUUAGACUCUGUUUUAGUGGGUCCUGUACCUGCGGGAAGGCAUAUGUUUGUAUUUCAGGCUGAUGCGCCUAAUCCAGGACUCAUUCCAGAUGCAGAUGCAGUAGGUGUUACAGUUGUGCUAAUUACGUGUACCUAUCGGGGUCAAGAAUUUAUUAGAGUUGGCUAUUAUGUAAAUAAUGAAUAUACUGAGACAGAGUUAAGAGAAAAUCCUCCAGUAAAACCAGACUUCUCUAAGCUUCAAAGGAAUAUUUUGGCAUCUAAUCCCAGAGUCACAAGAUUCCACAUCAAUUGGGAAGAUAAUACAGAAAAACUGGAAGAUGCGGAGAGCAGUAAUCCAAAUCUACAAUCACUUCUUUCAACAGAUGCAUUACCUUCAGCAUCAAAGGGAUGGUCCACAUCAGAAAACUCACUAAAUGUCAUGUUAGAAUCCCAUAUGGACUGCAUGUGACCAACUGCCAUCCCUUUAGUACAAAUUAACGUAUAAAACAGAACUAUUUCCCUGAAAUUCCGUAAGUAUAUAGCCAAGAUACAAUGUGAAGAAUUUGUUUAAAGACAUCCUGUAGAAAGUUUAUAAGAAAACCAGUAUUUGAGCAAAUUGUGGAAUAUAAAUACAACUAUUUUUAAGUAAUUUUUUUUCUCUAAUGUGUUAUUUUAUUUGUUCUGAAACUACUCUGAUUAAAACAUAUAUAUUAUUUUCUUCUCCUUUAUAUGUAAUUAAAGCACUUACAAAGAAAAAUGUGAAAUCAGACCAGGAUAUAAAGAUGUCUUGCCUCUUGGACAAUAAUCUUUGGACCAAUAUUUUACGAACCUUUGAAAGAACCCAAUUCACUUAAAAUGUAUCUGUGAUAACACAACAGUUGGCUUCCUUUUUAAAGGGGAACAUUCUGUUGUCCCCCCACCAGCAUUCUUACCCCCCCCCCCAACUCCUUAAAAAAGGGAUUUUGAAGUCAACUGCUGCCAAGAACUUUAGGACUUGAUUUUCUAGAUCACCAAGAGGCCUCUUGUGGCUAUCAGCAUUCACAUAAUUUUACUCAAUAUUCAAUUUGGCUUAAAGAGUCUCCUGGCUUUGCUCUUAUAACAAAUCAGAACAUCAUAAUUUAAAAUGCCAAGAAAGCUAAAACUGUUUAAAAAUGGUAUAAAAUGGUUUAAAAAUGGUAUAAAAAUUAUUUCUGGGUUAGGGUGCAUGCUUUUCAUGUUCCUGACCCUGGUUUGAUCCCCAGCACCACAUCACCUCUGAUUCCCUCUCCCAGAACUGCAGGGUGGCCCUGGUGGUCUCUCACCACAGGGUCUUACCAGCAACACAUUCUCACACCCUAGAAUUCAAUCUCUGCUGUGUGUGGCCCCUGGCAUCCCUUUCCAUCGCCCUCAUGGGAAGUUUUAAUGACUUUUGUCUUUAAUGACUUACUAGGCUCGUGAAAGUACUGUGAACUCUUUAAAAUUGUUUUUGAUAUCUCAUGUGUUGUUAACAUUUAAAAAAGUGGAUUUGGAAGAGAAUAUUUAGCUUAAUCAUAAUAGAUAAGUGACUGUUUUGGAAAUAUUUUCACACGUGUAGUACUCUUCAUAUCCCUUGCAAAGUAAGAUUGGCACAUUUAUGGCAGACAGUCUAGACAGCUUUUUAAAAUCUGGAAAAGCUAUCUUGGUAAGGAUUCAUUAACCAAAUGGGCCAAAAGGUUCUUUAUCUUUCAGAGCUAGGUCCUUCCUCAAAUUAAGUGUAGAAUAUUUUCAUUACUCUUGCUAUUAAGCAAGACUAGCCAUAUGAUGCAGUUAUGCAGUGCCUUUAUAGCUAAAACUUUUAUGCUGCACUUUUUAAAGAUUUUAUUUUGAGGAAGGGAAAAGGGUAUUUGUUUGAAUAUGGAUUCUAAAGUUGUAUAUAUAUAUUGUCAUUCUAAAAAAUUGUGAAGCAAAAUUUUGCUAAAUGUUAAACUCUGAAAUUUAAUAUACCAGAUUAUUAAAAUAUUUCCACUAGCUAGUUUGCAGACUUUAAAACACCUCCGAUUGUUAAAUUUCAUUUUUGUCUAAUUGCAAUUAAAAAUGUUAAAAUAUUAAAAAUGAAAAUAAAAGUAAUACUUUCCAACAAAGAAUUCAGUGAUUAAUAUAAUAAGAACAAGAUCUGUGCUUAUUAGAAAUAAAGCAUAUAUAAGCUAAAUUACCAAGUAAAGCAAUUUAGUGAUGAGUUUUUAUUCUGAUUAUCAGCUUGUAUUGACAUCAAAAGGUUAGGAUUUUAUAUCAGUUUUCACAAGUUUUGACCUUAAAAUCAAUUACCUUCAAUUACCUUAUGACAAUAUAUUUAGAAUUCAAAUAUUAGGAACUAAGAAAAUACUAAUAGAUUUCACCCUCUCCUUGAUUUGUAGCCUCAUAUAACAGACACUAUCUCACUUAGAGCUAGAAACUUUAGAACAGUACCCUGUUUUCUUUUUUUUCCCUAUUGUUUUAAGGGAUCACUCCUGGUGGGUGCUGGGGACCAUAUGACAUGCUGGGGAUUGAAUCCAAGUCAGCUGUAUACAAAUCAAGUGCCCUACCUGCUGUACUAUUUCAGCCCCCCCCCCACUUUUUGAUCACAAGUACACAGCUAUGUCCUAAGAAGAUAAAACAUAAUUAAAUUACUUGUUCUACUGAAGAGAUAAGCAAUUAUACAUGUGGGGAAUGAGGCUUAAAAGCAUAUAUGCAUUUAUAGCUUUAUACAAUGCUAGGCUUCCCAUGUAUUUUUACCCUCUGGGUUUUCAGCAUAUGAGAAUAGUUCUCAAACUUUACUAUUAUCUGUAGUUAAAAAUUUUAAGUCUGAGUCUAUAAAGUGUCAACAGUUUUUCAUACAGUUUUUAUAGCACACUCAAUACCAUUGCCCAUUUUGCUAUAUGCAAUAUAUUCUGAUAUCUUACUGAAUUUCAGCUUGAAAGUGCUGAUUUUGACUCAACUUUUAUGACUAAUGGAUUGUGAUAACACACUUUGCAAAAAGGCAAAGUUUAUAUUUCUCUGUCUAAACCUUCAUGCUUCAGUUAUGACGGCAGCAAGAAAUGGAAAGUACUGAUACUCGGAGUCAGCAGCUAUUCACCUCAAAACAAUUAAAAUUACUAGUAGCCUCUAAUAUAGUUUUGACUUGUCUCUUGGGGUUUUUUUGUUGUUGUUUUGUAUUUUUGUUGUUCUGGGGCACAGUGGGUAGGGCAUUUGCCUUGCAUGCAGCCAGCCUGGGUUCAAUUCCUCCAUUCCUCUUGGAGAGCCCAGCAAGCUACCAAGAGUAUCCCGCCCUCAUGGCAGAGCCUGGCAAGCUGCACGUGGCAUAUUCAAUAUGCCAAAAACAGUAACAAGUCUCACAAUGGAGAUGUUACUGGUGUCCACUCAAGCAAGUCAAUGAGCAACAGAAAGACAGUGCUACAGUUAUUUGGGGGCAACAUUGGCUACACUUGGGCAUUACACCUGUGUCUACACUCAGGAAUCACUCCUGGCAGAGCUCUGAUCCAUAUGCAGUGUUGGGGAUUGAGCCCCAACAUGGCCGCAUGCAAGGCAAAGCAUCCUACCUGCUACACUCUUCAGCCCUGACUCACUUAGGAAACAUUCUGUUUAAUUUCACAAGGAAUAGCUUUGUUUUAUGUUGAUAUAAUUUUACACAAAAAUCUUAGAAUACUGAUGCAUAGGGAUUUUAAAGUGCACAUAAGCAUUUUAUUUUAAUAUAUUCUCGUCUGUUUCCCUUCCAGUAUCCGGAGGCUGUGAGUAACUCAUGGUUCAUAGAUUUCGUUUAAACCUAACAUAUUAUUCUGUUUAAAAACCUGAGCCUCUUAGAAUGGGGUUUUCACUAUACAGAAACACUAGUGGGACAUUUGCUGCUUUAUGCUAAUAAGUUUGUCAAAAGAAAUUUGAGUGUGGGCUGUGCACAUUAGGUUUCCUUACCAAGUAACUUAACACUUGUGAAAUGUGUGAUGCCAAAGAUCUAUUAUAGACAAACAAAUAUUUCCCUAAUCUAAUCUGUAAAAUACAAAAUGGCAACAAAAUAUUUUAAAAAUUCUUUUUCCUACAGUCAGUAGAAAUUCUUAGCAUUCUUUUUUUGUUUUGUUUUGGGGCUAUAUCUGGCAGUGCUUAAGGGUUACUCCUGGUGGGCUCACGUCAUGGGGAUCCAACUCAGCUCAGCCAAAACAAGGCAAGCAUCCUACAUGCUGUACUAUCUACCCCCUUGAAUUCUUAUUUGCAGAGGCCUUUAAAUGUACUUGAAGAAUCCUAACAGUAUAUGAAUUAAGCUAUACAUGAAAAGGAACUAUGCAUUUCAAAUAGAAAAAUUUUCUAAGAAUUUUUAGUAGAAGCAGUGGCUACUUUUGAGAUCUAUAAUGGAAAUGCUUUAGCUCUCUACUUUCUGUCUACUCUUAUGAAGUUAAUUUCUAUUAUCUAGAAUCUCUGAACAGAAUUUAGUAGGUAUUCAUAAAAUGUGAUGAGAUGCAAACUUUGUCCUGCAUAAUAUAGGAAACUAAUCUAAUACCUAGAGAAUGACAACAUCAAGCGGGAGCAUUUAAAACUAAGAUGCAACUAUCAAAGAGAUACAUAUUUUUUAACACAUUUUAUAACUUUAUGAAUACUUCUUGGAGUUAUAAAAGUAAUGUUGUACAUGUCCCUCAAUUUUUAGCAACAGGUCAAAAUUACCUAGAAAUAUCAUAGUACAGGUAAUUUUAUAAGAAAAAAAACAUUUG